GCCUACCUACUUAGCUUAUGCGAAUUAUACAAUUAAUACAAAACGCUACUCUAAGCACAGAAGAAGAAAAACUGCAGGACUACUAUUUCUGCCCCUAGAACAAGACUAUAUUAUACACAGCAGAGAUCUCUAAACUCUCUAAAGAAGAAGAAGCAGAGCAACACAAAACGCAAAUGCUAUAGAGACUAGGAGACAACCUACUUGCUAUCUACACAGACGCCUCCUCUAUUAAGAAAGGCACAGGAAUAGGAAUAGGAGUUACUGCUCUAGACUAUAAACAGCAGGCUAAGGAGAUCUACUCUACUAAAUAUAAUAUUAGCAAAGGCCAGAUUGUAUACAAUAGAGAGCUAGAAGGCAUAACAAGAGCCUUUAAGUUUGCAGCUUCUAUAGCUACAGCAACACAAGAGAUCUAAGUCUUUGCAGACAACUAGGCAGCUAUUCUAAGGCUAAAGACCCCUUCUAAUAACCCUAGACAAGCUUAGCAAAUCCACUGCACAAAGGCAGUAAAGGCAAUUCACAGCAAAGGCGCAACAGUUAGCCUACACUAGAC